UUUGUUUCCUUUACAACAUAAUACAAGAGAGUUACAUUCAAAGACGUUUUAGGUUAAGGGUUUUACUUGGAAAAAGUCCAGCGAUCUUGGCUGGUUCUUUAUCUGAUUAAAACAGCUGAAAUUAUGAUAAGAAAAUUAUUGUCGUUCGUGGCUGUCAAGAAACCUUCUCAUGGCAAUAGAAAUUUUUUUUUUUUUUUUUUUUAAAUAAAUAUGCCUCAUUUCAAAAUGUUCUGAUUGUUGACUAAUAUGUUUUCCAAUUCUAAAGUCAUCUAUUCAGAAGUUUUCCCGAUCAAACGGCAGUUAAAGUUGCAAAAUUUACCAUCGUCUAAAGCGUGGAAAUUACAUGUCGUUUAUCGUUCACGAGCUAAACGAAACCCCCUCUUUUUUAAGGAGUCAGUUGUCGUUUGCAUGACAAAACGACAUAUAAACAUUUCAAGUGUGCGACUUUCCCUGCUGCGCGACAUGUCGCGUACUCAGAAUUACAGUAUGACUAAAACUCAGUGUCGUUUACUUAAGAUUUUCUUUCAAAGAAACGACUGUCGUUGAAUUGAACUUUACCAAAAAAAAAAAAAAAAAAAAAAAUUCAGGCGGCGGCUGUUGACUCUCGUACACACACAUACUGACAUACACUAUCUCUUCAUCUCUAUACUACACGGAGUUCCUCUGACUUAACUGCAGAUUCUUUCGGAUCAUCUCAUAAAUGGCAAAGAAGCUCGUCAAGUACUCCGUGGUCGACGCGUUCACCGAUUCUCCGUUCAAGGGAAACCAGGCGGCCGUAUGCUUGCUCGAGGAAGACAGGGAUGACGAAUGGCUGCAAUCGGUGGCCGCCGAGUUCCAUAUCUCCGAGACCUGCUAUCUGACUCGAAUCGCCGAGUCGGAAGCUCGCGACUCGCCUAAUGGGCCUUCCGUUCCAAGGUUCCGUCUUAGGUGGUUUACUCCCGUUGCUGAGGUUAAGCUCUGCGGACAUGCAACAAUAGCAGCUGCGCAAACUCUCUUUACAUCCGGGAAAAUAGAUUCCGACAUUAUUGAAUUCGACACGCUGUCUGGAAUUUUAACAGCAGAAAAGGUUCCGGCGAAGAACAAGGGUUCUGAUGGUCAUGAAGAACAAAUAGACUUUUUUAUUGAAUUGAACUUUCCCGCUGAUCCAAACACUGAUUUUAAUUCUGUCGAGGAUUCGUUGAUCUCCAAGGCUUUGGGUGGUGUUCCUGUGAUUGAUAUAAAGAGGACAACCACUUUAGAUUACCUCAUAGUAAUUCCUCCAACUGUCCAUUGUGCUAAAACAAACUUGCCUUUGAUACGGUCUUACAUACUUUUUCUUGUUGAAUUGUUCAAGGUUGUAGUCCCAUCAGCAAAAUCCGUUGAAGAUUUGUGGCCAGACUUCGAUGCAAUUGGAAAGUUUCCAGGAAAGGGUAUAAUUGUGACAGGGAUUGCUCCUCCAGCGUCUGGAUUUGAUUUUUACAGCAGGUUCUUCGCUCCAAAAUUUGGAAUCAACGAGGAUCCCGUUACAGGAAGUGCACAUUGUAGCUUGGCAUCAUACUGGCGCAAAGAACUGGGGAAAUGCGAUUUUGUCGCAUAUCAGGCAUCGCCAAGAGGAGGAGUGUUGAAUGUUCAUUUGGACGAGCAAAGUCAGAGGGUGCUUUUACGCGGAAAAGCCUUUACUGUCAUGGAAGGAACUCUCUUAGUUUGAAUUAUUUUAAUUUUUUUUUCACAACCAAACCGUGAAUGAGACGAUUCCUUAGUUUGCUUUUCAAAGUCCAUGAAAUUGAAAAUAAUUUAAAUAACAUAUUUAACUGA